GGGAGAAGUAAACACGGGACAUUUGGAUCGGAGGCGCUUAUAAAUCUUUUCCAGUUUCGACUUUGCCUCAUAAAUCAAGAUUUGAUGGACAAUUGUUGACUGAACGAACCCCAAGAAACCACAAGAAAUGUUUGUGUUUGCCUUCCCCCGCAAGAUAACCCAGGGCUUAUUCUGCCAUCGGCAUCUAUCAUCCCCACUACCCAAGAUCAUUCAACAAAUUAGUGUUUGUCAUGGUUCGUCAGCAGCAAAUGUGAAGAGAAAGAAACUUGUGAUAUUAGGGACAGGAUGGGCCAGCUACAGUGUCCUAAAAAGUGUCAAUAAAAAACUUUAUGACGUCAUUGUCGUAAGUCCGCGUAAUCAUUUUUUGUUCACACCAUUACUGGCCAGUACAACUGUUGGGACGCUGGAGUUCAGGAGCAUCAUUGAACCCAUUCGAAACACAGGUUUUAGACAGACGGAUCACUUCCAUUUGAGUGAAGCCGUUGGGAUCGAUGUGGGAAAAAAGGAACUUUACUGUCAGAGUGUGCUGAAACCUGAAUUGACAUACAACAUUGAAUAUGACAAGUUGGUCAUUGGAGUAGGAGCUGUCAGUAAUACAUUUGGCGUUCCAGGCGUCUCAGAACAUGCUUUCUUCCUCAAGGAGGUACAAGAUGCCCGCGCUAUACGAAACCGCAUCCUCAAUAACUUCGAGUUGGCACUGCAUCCGAGCAUCUCCAAAGAGGAGAGAAGACGACUUCUUCACAUUAUCAUUGUAGGAGGUGGGCCAACAGGGGUGGAGUUUGGGGCUGAACUGUAUGACUUUGUCAGGGAGGAUGUCUCCCGUCUUUAUAAGGAGGAGCAAAACCUAAUCCGUGUCUCACUCAUUGAGGGGAGGCAGAUCCUCUCCUCCUUCACUCCUAAGCAACAAGAGUACGCCACCUCUAAGAUCAGCUCCCGAUCACAGAUGGAGUUGAUCAAGGCUAACGUGACCAAUGUUAGAGAGGAUGGAGUCACCCUCAGCGAUGGCAAGAAACUCCCUUGUGGAUUAGUGGUAUGGUCCACUGGACUUUCUCCCAGGUCAUUUGUGAAGAACCUUCCCUUCUCCAGAAAUACGCAGGGUCAGUUAUUGACCAAUGGCUACCUGAACGUGCUAGAUGAUGACAGUAAAAGCAUCUAUGCCAUCGGUGACUGUGCGGAAAUUGUCGGCAAUAGUCUGCCAUGCACUGCUCAGGUUGCAGAGAGGCAAGGUAGAUAUCUCGCCAAGAGCCUUAGUACUGAUGGGAAGGGGUCAGAGUUCAAGCACGAGAAUAUGGGCAUGCUGGCCUAUGUAGGUGGCUACAAGGGUCUGACUAAUACACCAGUAGUUAAGGGACAAGGGUUCAACUCUUGGUUGCUAUGGCGAUCAGCUUACCUCACACGAUUGGGUAGCUGGCGAUUACGUAUGCAGGUUCCCAUUGAUUGGACAAAGACACUGCUCUUCGGUCGAGACAUUUCAAGAUUCUAAAAAUAUUAUAUAGGAAUCAUAGUUGUAAUAGUUCUGUUACUUGGUUCAUCUCCAAAAGUAGACAAGUUUAACAGAACAGCAUGUAUUUUGUAUGCAAUAUUUAAAACUCAGGUUUUCCAAACCAAAAUUUAACAGUGAAGUUAAAUUUCACUACUUUUGACGGGUACAGGAAGUAAAACAAAUGCACAAUGAAUAAAACAAAAUCACAAGACCAAGUUUUUUGCAUGUACAGGGUUGAAGAUGACGAUGUCUAAAGAAUUAAUUCUGGAGUCGAUUCCUUGCGCUGGCAAGAUUCUAUGAACAAUUAAGAAGAUUGUAAUAAUCAAUCUUCCGUAGCAAGUGUCAAUAGAAGGUACAUAGUACAUCUUUUGAUUGGGGAAGGAUAUGUAAAAUUUACGUCAAAGUACAAAGGGUAAACAUUUUCCACCAGACAUGGGCUGUACAAGCAUAAGAUUGGCAAGAAAGACCAAUGGUGUGAAGUGAUUGGCUGAAGUCAAAACAAGGGCAGCUUAAUAGUUGGCUACAUAACAAAUGUCAAACAGUUCAAAUUUUACUUGAUAGUUAAGCAAAACUACUUGCACCACUGGCCAGAGUCCAUUUAUUUUACCUUUGGGCCUGUAACUCCACAAGUGAACAAGCCCAGCUGCAGUCCAGCAUUUUUGGACAUGCACACUUUUUAAGAUUUCUUGCUUGGGUAUGGAACUUUCAGCUGAUUUCCUGUUUUUCUGUAGUUAACAGUACCAUGGGAAACUGAAAGAAAACUGAAAGAACACUACAAAGUUAAAUGAGGGUGGCCAUUUCCUUGUUUUUUGUUUGUUUACUUUGUGUGGUUUGUUUUAGCUAUUCGAAAGCUUUGAAUGUAUGCAUUAUGUACAUGUAUACAAGUAUUUAAGCUUUUCAAUUCAAAGCUAUUCCUCAUUGUUCAGCACACGGGAAUAAAUAAGUUCUCAUGAAAAGUAUUUUAAAAGUUUUUUUGCAAACAUUACAGUCCCAGCGAAUCUGAGUGAAUGAAUGUAUAGACUGGGUAUUAGCUGAUCAAUGCAGUGUGUGUCAACUAUGAAUACAAAUAUAUAUAUUUAUAUUUUUGAUAUACCAUCGUUAUUGACUGUAGCAAAACUUUUUAAAUGGAUUGUUUAUUUUUGUAGUGUAGUGUUGAACAAGAUUGAAACUAGUCUUCAAGGCUUAACAGUGUACUCGUUUUCUCAAAUCAGAAUUUAUAAAAUUAAAAAUUAUGUUCACAUGUGACAGAUUAAAGAACUUCCAA